UUAAUCUCUGAAGUCAUUACACGACAUGAACACCGACGCUGACUUGUUCCCUGGAGGAUGUGAUACUUACGAAGUCCUGUGAGUAAUCGAGUUGGCGAAAAGUGACCAAGACAAGGCCAUGACAAUGCAUCCCAAACCAAAGAGCGCACCACCUCGGAUUAAAUCCAAGUUCAUGUCCAACAAGUCCAAUGCCAUGAAGGAGAUGGGCUGGGUUAAGAAGGACGCAGAUCCGCUGGGAGCUAAUCACGAGGCGUCUAGAAUGUCUGGUCAGCUGGUCGAUAACGUUACAGAGGAGCGAAUGCUGAAGUCGAAACUAUGGGAUCUGUCGAAAGAGAGGUAUAAAUUCCUUAGCCAGAAUGCCUACGAGAAGAAAGUGUUCGUCGACAGAAUGCAGCGGAAGUCCAGUGUCUUCAAACGGAUUUUGAGUCAGAGUGACACAGCAAGCAGUCGGAGAUCUUCUAUAGAAAACAGUGACUCCAGUGUGUCUUCGUAUCGUGUUAAGGGAACGGGAAAAUGCUUGAAUGCGCGUCAGGCGUUUCUUGAGAGGAUGGAUCCCAAGAACGGACGCGACAGGCCAAAGGAAUUGCGGAACAAUGACCAGAGUUUAAAGGGUAAAUCAGUUACGUUUAUACCAGAUCUGGUAACCGAAAUGGCUUCGAAACCACCAGGGACCUUUAAGUUACCAGAGACUCACAGUUCGAAAUCCUGGACCAACGGAUCGCCGGCAUCAGAUGCCUCAAGAUUUCCAAACGUUGUUAUGUCGGCGGCCUCGGUAACGAUGCUCGGUGCAAUCGGACGAGAAUCGACCGAGGGUGGAGUGAAAACUUGGGCCAAAAAAGGACCUUCAAGGAAAUACGGGGCGAGUAUGGAUAGUUUAACAAACGACAAACGUUAUAGUAAUCUAGAACAUGCUCUCACUCCCAUUAAGGACUACCAGACUUCAUACGACGUAAAGGAAAUCGUGAAGAGCAUGGACUGUCUCCAUAUCCCUCCACGGAGGCCCAAAGAGAGUAGACCGAAGAUCGGGAUGAAAGCUUUGGACUUUAUGAAGGAAAGGGGUUUUGUAUUUUGAAAAUGAUUUCCUCGAAGUGGUAAAAGUGAAAGGUAAUAGUGCUUUGAUCAAGUGCACCUUAUAUUUCCUAAUGUUCUCAUGUGACUUUGCUAGCAAAGAGGACACAACUAUCUUCAUAUUAAUGUGAACAACACUGACAUGUGUAGUAAAGCCCUCUUACACGUUUAUAGCGACAUGAGCAUAGAGUAUGACCGUUGUCUUUCGACGUUUAUGAGAAUACAUGUUACAUAAAUCAUAUGUCUUCACAUGUAUGUACAAUGAUGUUUCUGUGGAGUAUUCGUGUACUAAAAGAUACUUAAUAUUCCAUUAAUUCUCUCUUUCAUCCUUUUUAGCUUGAUCAAGUUAAUUAGGAAAUAUUUUAACAGAAUACGUUUUUCUCCACUCCACCAUGACUAAAAUGCCACAUUUGUUCAUGUCGUAAUCAGUUAUUGAUCAUCGAUAAUUUAGUAAAAUUGACCGGCCUUCAGUGUCAUGGGGGAAUGGACCCACGAAGAUGCCUGAAGAUUCGUCUUCAGUAACCCAUGCAUGUCGUAAGAGGCCACCAACAGGAU